AGACUAAGAAGCAGCAGCGGCGGCGGCAGUGUUGUUUGAGUGAGCGGUGUCAGAAAUGGCUAAAAGUGACGGAGCUAAUUAUUUUAAAAGAAGCAGCCUGUUUUGGAUCGUCGUCGUUACAUUGUCUGUGGGAUAUUUUACAUGCCUUGUGUUUGCACCAGAGAUGAUCCCACUUGAGAAUCUUGGUGCAUUUGGCAGCUUCUGCAAACACUUCGUGGAUCAUCAUGCGUACAUGAUGUACAAAGGGUGGUGGGCAGCCGUGGCUGUACAUGUCCUUGAGGCCUGUGUAUCGCUGAAAGUAUGCAGCAACAAGGGCGUCACUGGCACGGGCGCUCGGUGCCUGUGGUUCAUUCAGACGCUGUUGUUUGGCUUUGCGUCGCUUGGCUUGCUGCUGAAGUAUGACCCCAAACGGCCCAAACAGCACUGAGGCCCACAGAGAGACGUCUUCACAACAAUGCCUCCAAACCUCUUCUGUGCCUGUCCUUCAGGCAGAACCAACAAUCCUGACUUUAUUGGUGUUUUUACUGAGGUGACAUCAUGAAUCUGAUAAACAACAAUGGUUGUCUUACUCAUAUUUUCUUCCUAAUAUAAUGGACCAAUAUUUUUGUCUUAUUUCAUACAUUUUUUUAAGCACAAAGCUAAGUAUAUCGGAGAGCAUAUUUUAAGUAUUGAUACUGACUUUUUAACAGGUUUGAUCUGAUUGUGAAUAUUUAGUGUUAUAAAUCUUGGCUGUAAAUUGUUUUUCACUCUCGAUGUUUACAUUCAGCUUGGAUAGUGACUGUAAUGGUAUUCUAUCAGAGAUUAAGCUGACUCAGACAAAAAAAAAAAAAGCUGCUGAACAUGUUUGAAACACAUAUUUGCCUUUUCUUAUCAUAAUGUGCUUUGACUUCAGCUUUUCAAACUGUGGACUGGAAAUUUCACUUGACUACAAUACAAAAUAAAGAUGAAUGACCAACUGCA